AUGAUCAAUGUGUUGAAGCCAAAACCCAACCCGCAGCAGUUGCUACGAGAUUGGCAGCGUCGGAUCCGCCAAGAAUGCCGCAACAUCGAACGACAAAUCCGAGAUAUACAGAGAGAGGAGAAAAGUGUGCAGAAAGCAAUCAAAGAGGCUGCUAAAAGGAAUGACAUGGGUUCUGCUAAGGCACUUGCAAAAGAAAUAGUGAGAUCAAGGAACACAGUGAACCGACUCUAUGAAAACAAAGCACAGUUAAAUUCGGUAGCAAUGCAUCUUGGAGAGAGUGUUGCUAUUGCUCGAACUGUGGGACAUUUGUCGAAAAGUGCCGAAGUCAUGAAGCUUGUCAAUAACCUUAUGAAGGCUCCACAAAUGGCAGUCACCAUGCAAGAAUUUAGUAGAGAAAUGAUUAAGGCCGGUGUUAUUGAAGAGAUGGUUAAUGACGCUGUAGAUGAUGCACUCGACUCAGAAGACAUUGAGGAGGAAACUGAAGAAGAAAUCGAGAAGGUCCUGACCGCUAUAGCUGGCGAGACUGCUGCUCAGCUUCCGGAAGCUGCUAGGAAUGAGAAGCUAAAGCAGCCCGCCACAAGCGAAGAUGUCGAGGAGAAUAUCGACGAGGAGGAAGAGAUGGAAAAGAUCAGGGCCCGACUUGCGAGAGUGCGAUCGUGA